AUGAGGGAUGAAAUUGCAACAACAGUUUUCUUUGUCACAAGACUGGUAAAGAAACAUGAUAAACUGAGUAAACAGCAAAUAGAAGACUUUGCAGAAAAGCUGAUGACAAUCUUGUUUGAAACAUAUAGAAAUCACUGGCACUCUGAUCACCCUUCUAAAGGGCAAGCCUUCAGGUGUAUCAGGAUAAACAAUAAUCAGAAUAAAGAUCCCAUUCUAGAAAGGGCUUGUGCUGAGAGUAAUGUGGAUUUUUCUCACCUGGGACUUCCAAAGGAGAUGACUAUAUGGGUAGAUCCCUUUGAAGUGUGCUGUAGGUAUGGAGAGAAAAACCCUCCAUUUACAAUUGCUUCUUUUAAAGGCAGAUAUGAGGAAUGGGAACUAUCUCAACAAAUUAGCUAUGCUGUUAAUAGAGCCACCUUAGACUACUCCUCCGGCACUUCCUCCGAUGAAGAAAGUUACUGCAGGGAACCUCGGGUCAUUCCUAAAGUCAGCAAUCCGAAGAGUAUUUAUCAGGUUGAAAACUUGAAACAGCCCUUUCAAUCAUGGUUCCAAAUCCCCCGCAGAAAGAACGUGGGUGGCCGCGUGGGCCUCCUAGGAAAUGCAUAUGGCGCAGCGCAUAAGCCCCUGAAGAGUUACAGGCCUGGGGCUGCGCGCCGUGUGGACCGGUACCACUGGGUCAACGUGAACCGAUAA